CGUGGCCACCGCGGAAGCGACAGCGGAGUUUGUGUUGAUGCGGAAGAGAAGCGAACCUUGUGGAUGUUUUGCGAUUAAAGUUGUCCGACGACGAAACUUAUGUAGGAAAUAACAAACAAGAGAAGAGCUAGAGGUUUACAGUUGUAUUGAAACCCGUAUAUUUGUAUUUUUUAGUGAAGUUUAACCGACAGAACAACUUCUAAUGGCGGGCGGUAACUUACAGAAAGCUAUUGAUCUGGCCAGCAGAGCUGCCGAGGAAGACAAAGCCAAGAACUAUGAAGAGGCCCUCAGAUGUUAUCAGAGUGCAGUGCAGUACUUCCUUCAUGUUGUCAAGUAUGAGACUCAGGGCGAACGAGCGAGGCAGAGCAUCAGGGCCAAGUGUGCAGACUACCUGGACAGAGCCGAGCAGCUGAAGGAAUAUCUGAAGAAGAAGGACAGUGCUCCUCCAGCCAAACCUGUCAAAGAGUCUGGUGACAAAGGCAGUGAAAGCGAUGAAGGGGAUGACCCAGAGAAGAAGAAAUUCCAAAAUCAACUCUCAGGUGCCAUUGUUAUGGAAAAGCCAAACAUUAAGUGGGACGAUGUUGCCGGACUUGAAGGAGCCAAAGAAGCUCUAAAAGAAGCCGUCAUCCUGCCCAUCAAAUUCCCACAUCUGUUUACAGGAAAACGAACUCCUUGGCGAGGGAUCCUUCUGUUUGGCCCUCCAGGAACAGGAAAAUCCUAUCUAGCCAAGGCGGUGGCCACAGAAGCCAACAACUCAACCUUCUUCUCCAUCUCCUCCUCUGACCUCGUGUCCAAGUGGUUGGGGGAAAGUGAAAAGUUGGUGAAGAACCUGUUCAGUUUAGCCCGAGAACACAAACCAUCAAUCAUUUUCAUUGAUGAGAUCGACUCCCUCUGUGGCUCCAGGAGCGAGAACGAGAGUGAAGCAGCACGCAGAAUCAAGACGGAGUUCCUCGUCCAGAUGCAGGGUGUUGGAAAUGAUAAUGAUGGAAUCCUGGUCCUGGGAGCAACAAAUAUACCAUGGACAUUGGACUCAGCUAUCAGGAGAAGGUUUGAAAAGCGAAUCUAUAUUCCUCUGCCGGAGGAGCACGCCCGCUCCUUCAUGUUCAAACUGCAUCUGGGCUCCACCUCCAAUGACCUGACAGAGAUGGACUUCAUGACUCUGGGCAAAAAGACGGAGGGCUACUCUGGAGCUGACAUCAGUAUAAUCGUCAGGGACGCCCUCAUGCAGCCUGUCAGGAAGGUUCAGACAGCCACUCACUUCAAAAAGGUUCGAGGGACAUCAUUUAGCAAUCCUGGUGUAGUAGUGGACGACCUGCUGACUCCCUGCUCGCCUGGAGAUCCCAACGCUGUGCCGAUGACCUGGAUGGAAGUCCCUGGCGAGAAACUUCUGGAGCCGGUUGUGUCCAUGACCGACAUGCUGAGAUCACUAUCAAGCACCAAGCCGACAGUGAACGAGCAGGACUUGGACAAGCUGAAGAAGUUUACUGAAGAUUUUGGGCAAGAAGGCUGAUAACACUCACUUUCUCCUCAUAAAUGGGAUAAUUAUCUUCACUCUCAAUUAGGUUGUUAAUUAUUCGAAUCAUGUUGUGUCAAAAAUGGUGGGAAAGUUCCACAAGAGGUCGCUGUAGCCCAAAGUUCACACUUACCUUUUUAUAUCAACCACUAAUAAGUGAAUCAACUGUUUCAGCACUAUUAACCUAUCAGUCUGCAGAGGCUUUACAUUUUUUAGGGUUUUUUCAUAUUUCUUUUACUUAUUACCAAAUAAUACUUUGUUUUCUUUAAUGAAAGUGUAUUACUGUUUACUUUAAGUAGCAGAAGGUGAUGCUACAGUGAGUUGAUGCACCUUUCCAGCACUACAUUCUUCUCAUUGAUGUUGAGAGCAAACUAGUUUCAUGGUUGUCUUUUAUAAAUGGGAAUUUAUACUAUAAAAUCUAACUCAAUUUUAAACAUGUAUAUAAUAUUUUAGUGGUUAUUUUAUUCCACAACAUACAAACUUCUGCUUCUGAGUUACUAAAAAUUAAAUACAAUAACACUUUUGAAAGCAUUUCUAAAUCAGAAUAAACUUCCCAGUGAAGUUUAAUGCACAUUUUCUGCACAUUUAAUUAACAUCUCGUCAUAUUAGAUUAUUUCUACAUCUUGCUGUAAUCAAGCUGCAUUUCCAAACUGUCAUACUUUACUAGUCAGUUAUAUUUUGAGUUAUUUAUAGCUUGGUAUACUCUGUGUCGCCUUUGGGUUUAAAAUAUAUUUAAGUGUUUCUUUUGGGGGUUUGCAGAGGUUACAUAAAUAAAAAAAGGAGGUCGUAUGCA